AUGAUAGGAUCUCAAAGAAUACCCAGUUCCGUGAUCUACUUGUACAAAGAUGAGUCCGCCUUCUUCUCAUCUCCCUCCAACAUUGUGUUACUCUUCUUUGGUCCCAACGAUUGUGGACUGAAACAACAGAACUCAGUUUCUAGAGUAUCUAAUUGUGAAACUUACGCAGUUCCCUCAACAUCAUUGACAUAUUUACUCAUAAUAGCCUCCUUCUCAGCCUGGGUUUCAACCGGAGUAGUUGGAGUUGUUGGAGUAGUAGUCGCUGGAGCAGUUUUUGGAGAGAGUUGUUCUCUUGCAGUAUGCAUAUCAUCAUCCUCUUUAGCUGCUGGAGAUGGAGAUGGACUCGGAGCGUCCGGUCUGAAAAUAUAA